GGUGCAAGCUGCGCCAUUACAUGCUUGCCUUUACCACGGUUGUGAUCGCUCAAUCCGACCUGGCAGUAAAAGGACAUGCAAUAGCAGACUUUCUCGCUCAUCACCCAUCUUCAGAGCUCACGGCGUUUCGCGAGUUGGAAUUCGCUACCGUGACACUCGCUCCAUGGACCCUGUACUUUGAUGGUUCACGAACUGAUACCGUGGCCGGAGCCGGGAUAGCCAUAGCCAAUCCCGCUGGAGAUCGUUUCUCCUACUCGUUCCAGCUCGAUUUCAAAAGCACCAACAACCAGGCUGAGUACGAGGCGCUGAUCAUCGACCUAGAGAUUUUGUUGGAUUUAGGAGUCCGCGAGGUUCAGAUCUUUGGCGAUUCUUUGUUGGUCGUUAACCAGCUGGUGGAAAAGUUUAAGUGCUUAAGCUCGUCCAUUGAACCAUACCUGCGCAAGGCAUUUGAGGUGUUGGACCGAUUCGACGACGUCUACAUCGAGCACAUACCACGUGAGUUCAACUUCGCCGCCAACGAGCUCGCCCAAGUAGCGUCCAGUCUCAGCCUGCGCGACGGCGUGCGCGAACGUUUGCUCAAAGUCGAACGCCGCACGCUUCCCUCUUUCAUCGCUAGGGGGCAAUUUCAGGCCGACACCCCCGAAGUUGCGGCCUUGGACCCUAUCGACGAGGAUUGGCGGCUACCAUUUAUCGUCUACCUUCAGAACCCCAACGACGCCGCUCAUUCCAGGCAAAUACGUUUCCUCGCCUUAAACUUUGUUUUACGCAAUGGCGAACUCCGGCGGCAUGGGGAAGACGGAAACGAUUUCCGCUGCGUGUAUGGGAACGAAGCUAAACGUAUCAUGCGCGAAGUCCAUUGUGGAGUUUGCGGUUCGCACCAGGCCGGGCCAAAAAUGCGUUGGUUAAUCCGUCGCCAUGGGUACUGGCCAAUCAUUCUGAAAGACUGUAUUGCCUUCGCCAAAGGUUGCCAAGACUGCCAGGCUCACGGACCAGUGCAACACAUUCCCAACAUCCCGUUGCAGCCUAUCAUUAAACCUUGGCCGGGUCGCGGUUGGGCGAUAGAUUUCGUUGGCAUCAUUCAUCCCCAUUCUUCUGAGCAGCAUAAGUUCAUUAUCGUCGCCACCGAUUUCUUUACCAAAUGGGUCGAGACCGAACCACUCAAGGUUGCCUCCGCCAACUCGGUGCGAAACUUUAUUUUCCGCAAUAUCAUCUCCCGCUUUGGUAUCCCGUAG